UCAAAAAGAGGUGUCAAGUGUAAAAGAAGAGCUUCAACAAACAAAUCAAGAAUGGGUGCUUUGAAGUGGCUGAUCUUUUUGGUUUUUCUGAACACAUAUUCACAGGCUGCAGCACAAUCAGACAUCAAAGUAUCUGUGUUCUCUGCAACAUCCAAGACAGUGAUUCUCAGAUGGACCAGUUAUUCCGGAGCUGUCACCUACAAGAUAUCUGCCGCCCCCUUAAGCUCACCAAGCAGUCCUGUUUCUUUUAUCAUGUUUGGGCCAAACACAGUGAUGGGCUCCAUAAGCUCUUUGUCCCAAGAUGUAGAAUAUAUCUUUACUGUUCAAGCUUUGGAUGGUACCCAGACAGUGCUAAGCUUUGCAUCAACCCAGACAUUAACAGCACCCGAUAUUAUGGAUCCCAUCAAGACAGUCAAGCCAAAAGACAGCAGAACCUUUAUGGUGGAGUUUAACCCAAAGACAGGGGCCACCUCUUACAUCAUACGAGUUGAGAACACUAAUGGCUUCUUCAGAGAGGAUACCGUGUCCUCCUCUCCGGCAGAGAUCGGGAAUCUUGACCCAUACACUGAGUACCGGCUCAGCAUUAUGGCUGUAAAUAAUGCAGGCCGGAGCCAGCCAUCAUUUCCUGUAGCUGCAAAAACAGUGUUACCACCUCCUCAAAUCUCCACCUCCUCUCCCAGUAAUGACAGCAUUAUUGUAACUUGGCCUCCUGUUGCUCAUGCUGUCCAGUACACCGUGUCUAUCUAUAAGUUUGACUCCAACACUAAGGAAAAGUACAACACAACCAACACCAACUUGACCUUCCCUGGCUUGGAUGCUGGAUGCCUGUACGCCAUUCAGAGCUCAGCUUCGGACCCAGAGGGCCGAGAUGGAGAGGGAAGUUUGUAUGUCAACCAGACUACUCGACCUCCAACUCCAUCCUCUGUCAGUGUGUCGGUGGUGAUGAAUGGCACAUUGGCCGGGCUCUCUGUGUCUUGGAAACUCAACAAAAAGGUUCAUGGUACUGUUGAGUAUCAUGUGACAAGUGACCAGAACCUGAACUGUAACAGCACCUCCAACUCCUGCAUCCUGUCACCAGUGGGCUGUGGAGAAAUACAUACCGUCCACACCACAGCUUCAAACAAAGCUGGUCCCAGCCAGCCAUCCAGCCCAGUGUUAUUUAUCACCUUCCCCUGUGCUCCAGAGUCUCUGACUCUUGAGGAAUCGCCUAAAGGAAACUGCACGCUGACGUGGAACAACGUACCUUAUGCAGAGCGUUAUGAGGCCUUUGUCAAAAUAGGUGAUGGCACUGAGGCAACCUGCAACUCCAUCAGCAACAACUGCACAUAUCAGUGCCAGUGUGGCUACACCUACCUGAUGUAUGUGUUGGCGUACAACCAGGCAGGCAGCAGUCCUGAAUGGAAGAUGCUCAACUACACCACAGUACCCUGCUGUCCAGACAGUGUAUCUGUCUCUGCUGUAAGCACUGACACUCUGGUGAUUACCUGGAAUGCGUCGCAGGGAGCGGAGUUGUAUAAGACUCAGGCUGCAGACACCUCCAAGGUCACCCUCUGUAAUGACACAGCGCCGGUGUGCGCUCUCUCUGGCCUCAGCUGUGACAGCUCCUACACCGUGGUGGUAACUCCUUGCAAUGAGAUCAGUGGAUGCAACCAAGCCUGCAAAUCCCACACCAGAGACACUGCUCCCUGCACGCCAACUAAACCGAUUCUGAAUUCAAAUACAUCCUCCAUUAUUGGUGUCAGCUGGACAGCAAACAACAGGGCUGCAAAUUACACUGUGAGCGCAGACGGGGAGCAUGCCAGAGGUACCUGUACUACCAGUGGAAACAGCUGUAACAUCACUGAUCUGCCCUGUGGCUCAAGCUUUGAGAUCAGCGUCACAGCAACCAGCAGCGCCGGGCAGAGCUUACCCAGCUACUCCACCUCACUAGAAACAGAGCCCUGCUGCCCAGUGAAUUUGACUGCUGUUCAGGUAACUCAGGCCAUGUCUAACGUCUCGUGGUCUCACGCUAAAGGGGCAAAGUCGUUCAUCACGUCCCUAGCAUCACCACGUGGAAAAGCCCUCUGUCACACACAGGACACCCAUUGCCUCAUAGGCUGCAUCACCUGUUCCAUGAACUACACUGUCACCAUAGAGGCAUUCAGCAUGAGUGGACGCAUGUCCAGCUGCACCUAUCAGGGCUUCUCCUCCAGCCCCUGCUGCCCAUCAGGCAUCAAGCUCUACAUGUUGGGCAGUAACUCUCUGGGUGUUUACUGGCGCAGCACAGCCAGCAGCCUCAGCACCAUGGCAGAGAUGGCGGGCAUCAGCAGCAACUACACCUGCACUGCGUCACCUGGGAAGAACAGCUGUGUUGUUAAAAACAUCCAAUGUGGGGGAGUGUAUCAUGUAGAAGUAGCUCCUCUCACACCAGAGGGCAGCAAAGUUCUGUUCUGCCCCAUCAGACUCUACUCAGUUACUUGUUCAGGAAGCAACAUCAGCUCAGUGUUUUACAGAGGAAAAAGAAGUGUUGAGUAGUACAAGGUUGUAACCUCUCCUUCUCCUCAUGAUCACUGAAGAUAGACACCAGCCCCACACAAUUCUGCAUGGAUGAGCGGGUAUGGACGAUAGAUGGAUGGACAGAAUCUGACUUGCGGUCUUCAUUCUAAGUAGCUUAUUGUGCCUUGUGGCAAAUGCAGUUCAAGUCGUCUUUCUCCUGCAUAACCUGACAUGAUAUGUGGCCAUGAUUCACAAGCAAAUGAUUACUGAUGUUUGAGCAAAAGUUUACAGUAUAAUAAUAAAACUAAAUGGCCUAUUAAAAUUAAAAUCAAGAUUUAUGAUUCGUAAUUGCAUGAAGUAAUUGGUCAGUUUUUCUCAUAGUAUGUAUUGAGAUUAAAUAUUUUAUCUUAAAUUGAACCUGUGUCUUAUUUGACCAACUAAUGCAUGAAAUUACAGACCAAUUGAGUUUAAAACAAUAACACAUCCUGGGAUCACACUGAAAUAAAGUAACCUUGUUAAACAAAUUAAACAAAAAUGUGCAUCAGACAAUUAUUGAUAUAGUAGCCUCAGCCACUAGCAGAAAGCUGCCUUGUAAUGGAGCAGCAGACACGGAUCUGUGCGUCUUUAAGUAAAACAUCCAGUUUGCAAUGUCAUUUUUUAGUGCCCUGUUUCUAAUUAUUAGGAUAAUUUCAGUUGUGUUAAGUGUGUGUCACUGUGUAAAACUGAGCAUGUUUCAGAUAUUAAAUAUAUUCUUAGCAUCAA